AGUGUGCAAAUGUUGGGCCAGCAUGCUAUAAUUACGAUGAGACAAUAAGUACAUUACGCUAUGCAAGCCGGGCCAAGAAUAUCUGUAACAAAGCCAAGAUUAAUGAAGAUCCCAAAGAUGCUCUUCUACGCAAGUUGCAAGAGGAAAUCAAAGCUCUCAAAGGACAGUUGGAAGAGGAAAAUGAAGAGGAUGAAACAGACGAGGAGGAGGAGGAAGAAGGAGAUGAAAAGCCAAAGAAAAAGAAGAAGAAGUUGAAAGAUGAAGAGCUGUUGGACCCCAGCCAUCUCAGCUUGGCUAUGUGGAGUUCAAAGACAAGAUGCAGGGUAGCAGCAAUUAGAAAGAAGAUUGAAGAAGAGCGUCGUAUGCUGGCUGAAAGGAAAGAUCUUGAAGAGGAAGAGAAGAAUAAACUGAAGAGUGACCUUGACAAGCAUGAAAAGGAAAUAAAAAAAGCACUGAAAGAGCAAGAAGCUCUAAAACAACGCCUCCAGGGUCUUGAGCGUAAAAUCCUGGUUGGAGGAGAGAAUCUGCUGGAGAAGGCCGAAGAACAAGAAAGACUUUUAGAAGAAUCAGCAAAGGAGCUUGAAGAAAGAAGGAAGCAUGAAGAACAGCUGAGACAUGCAAUUACCCAGAAGGAGGCUGAGAGAAUAGAUUUGGAAGAAAGAUACUCAACACUACAAGAGGAGGCUGCUGGUAAGACACGAAAACUCAAGAAAGUGUGGACAUUGUUAAUGGCUGCCAAGUCAGAAUUGAGUGACAUGCAAGCAGAGCAUCAAAGAGAGAUGGAGUCACUUCUUGAAUCGGUGCGGCAUCUGUCACGAGAGCACAAGCUUCACCAACUGAUCAUAGAUUCAUUCAUUCCUCUGGAAUAUCAGGAAAUGAUAGAACGAUACGUCCAUUGGAAUGAAGAUAUUGGUGAAUGGCAGUUGAAGUGCGUUGCUUAUACUGGCAACAACAUGAGAAAACAGCUUGAUAAUGGAGAUAAUGAGAAGGAUAAUCAGAAUCAAGACAGUGAUAUGUGGCAGGUUUACAAAACUUACAGUCCUGAAGUGUACACAAAGCCAGUCUCUCGACCUAAUCGGAAAAGGUCCGGUAUUCCACGUCCUAAACACAGCAGGAGUGCCAGAAAGUUUGAUAAGUAACUAAAUUAUCACCCAAAUAGCUUUAGCAAUAAAAAUAUAAGACAGUGGAGAUUUGUGAUUGAUUAUCUAUAAAAGCUCAAGAAUUAUAAAUAUUUUAGUACGUACUUAUAAACGUCUACAUUUGGACAGUUAUCCUUCCCUCCACUUAUAGUGAUUUGCUCAUAUUAAAAUUUGUGUAGCAUUUCACUGGAUAUAUCGUAUAACAUACUUUCAUGUAUAAGUGUUGAAUUAUAAUUCAAACUUCCUUUACCCCAAAUUUUUAUACGUUUUCAUAAAUCCUACAAAAAUUACAAUGCAUAUUGAUGCCUUAUGUCUACAGAUGUUCUCUUGCAUCUGACUGUUAAAGAAAAGUUUUAUACUGUAUUGUACUUAGUUGUAUAUGGAAGAUAGUUUGCCUUUUAAUCAGGCAUCUUGGAGAAUAGUGUAGCUGCUUGCAUUCCUGAUAUAUCCUCAGGUUUUAUAAAGAUUAAGCACAGCCAAAAGUGAUUAGUAGUUGGAUUUUCUGGUGGAUAUGUAUGGAUUCAGUGGGAUAUUACUGGAGUGUUCUGUCAGUGGAAACUGUGAUUCAUGUUCUAAUGCGAGCAUUUGAUAGCUUUGGAUUUAAGUUGCAAAUUCUCUUUUAGGUUCAUCUUUACUGUUUUACUGAGGUAGUGACAUUUGGAAAUCAUUUAUCAGUUAUACUAUGACUUACUAUUAAAGAAAAAGAUUUUAAAAAGGUUAUGGUAUUUUAUCAGUUCAUGUCUUGUAGAAAUUUAUUGAAUAAGUGUUAUGCGUUUAUGAAGAGAACACUAAGCUGAAGAAAAAAAUACAGAAAAUAAUUCUGCCAGUGCUCUAGGAGCAGACAGUGAGAAAAUUUUGUUUUCUGAAACACUGCUUUAACCAUAAGAAAUUUCUUCAUUACAAUAUAAAACACUCAUUUCUUGACAUCCAGCAUGCUUAUCUCCUCCAGUGUUUUAAGGAGAUUUGAUAGUGUUGUUCUAUGUGAAAAUAGCCCUUGUUUCAGGAAUUUUUUAAAUUUAAGCUUUUUAAAAAAAUUUUUUGAAGAGAUUAGAUGCAGCGCAUCUUGUGAUAUUCUGUCAGCAAUUUGAUAAUUGUAUUUAUAAUGGUAUUUCUAGUCUUUAUUACAGAUGACAAAACAUGAUCAUUUGUAAAAUACUUUUAUUAUUUUAAGUGAUAGCUGUAAUAAGAAUUAUAAUAAUUUAUAUUCCAUGUGAAGUAGCCCUAGUUUCAUGUGAUUUGAUUAAGGCUAUCAUAGGCAGCUUUGGUACUCAGAGUCCCCUAAAACUGUUCUUCUCUAUUAUUAAAUAUAUGUGGGCUCUUGAAAAUGUGACAUUAUUUGUAAGUUUUGGCAGUGUUACUACCUCAUCAAAGCAAAGUGUUUUCAGAAAUUUGUCAACAGAGGUUUUUUUUUUCCUAUAUUCCAUUUUAGUUAGAUGUAAGAGUCCAAAGUCAGACUAAUUUGUAUUGUAGUAACUUUCAUAUUUGUAAAAUAUGUGAGUUUUAUUUAGAUAUAUAAUGCUUUAAACCUUCAAUAGUAUUUAGAUUCAGUUAUUAUUUUGAGCAUAUACUUUUGUCACUGGUGGUUUCAGGUAAAUACUUAACUUAUGGCUGAUUUCAGAUUGUAACAUAUCUAUUGCAUUCUAGAUUCUAUUACUCUAGGAAGAUCACAACACAAUACAUGAAUGUAUUUUUGUUCUCAAGUUAUCUAUAAUCUAGUCAUAAAUCGAUAGUCACAAGAAAUCUUCUAUGACAGUUCUCAUCAUUGUUUGGUGUUAUUUAUUAUUCUUAUAAAUGUACAACUAUAUUUAUUUGGUUAAUAACCAGCUUUACCUAAUUAUACCAGGUUGAGUGUUAUCUUGUGUCUGUCACAUUCUUGUAGCUAGCUUAUUUGAGAAAUUGACAAAUAUAAACAUUAGAAAAUCCUUUGUAAAGAAGGCUUUAUGUAGUGUGUUGAUGGUGUAGCUGUAGGUAUUUAUUAUACGCAAAUGCUAUCAAAAAUAAAGUUACACAUUAUGUUGUUAAGUAGUUUUGUUAAUAAAAUAUGUUGCUAAAAUUGCAAUUAGGAUACUUGUAAUAUCAA